UUAGGCGGAAGAGAUCGGGGCCGUGUUUCCGGGGGAGCAGGGGGAGCGGCGGGCGCCGCCAGCGUGUCCCGGGGCCGGGGGUCGGGGGCUAUGGGCCCGGCCCGCCGCAGGGACGCGCUCCGGCUGCGCGGCGGAGGGUCCCCGCCGCUGCUGCGGCUCUUCCCCGGCCGCCUCUCCGCCUUCCCGCUGUUCCUGCUGGCGCUGCUGCUCGGCUUCGCUUCGCUGCUCUGGCUCCAGCUCAGCUGCUCGGGCGAGGGGCCGGCGCCGGGCGGGCAGCACCGGGGGGCUCCCCGGCAGCCCUGCCCGGCCCCCGAGCCGCCGCAGCCGCCCCAGGAGGAGCCGUCGUGGGCCCCGCACCGGCUGGCGCUGCUUGUGCCCUUCCGAGAACGCUUCGAGGAGCUGCUGGCCUUCGUGCCCUACAUGCACCGCUUCCUCAGCAAGAAGAGGAUCCGCCACCGCAUCUUCAUCCUCAACCAAGUGGAUCAUUUCAGGUUUAACAGGGCAUCCCUGAUCAAUGUGGGCUUCCUGGAGAGCGGCAAUGACACCGACUACAUCGCCAUGCACGACGUGGAUCUCCUGCCCCUCAACGAGCACCUGGACUACAGCUUCCCAGAGGCAGGGCCCUUCCACGUGGCAUCCCCUGAGCUGCACCCACUCUACCACUACAAGACCUACGUGGGUGGCAUCCUCCUGCUCACCAAGCAGCACUAUGAGUUGUGCAAUGGCAUGUCCAACCGCUUCUGGGGCUGGGGACGGGAGGACGAUGAAUUUUAUCGACGUAUCAAAGGAGCUGGUCUCCAGGUCCGUCGUCCCUCUGGAAUCACAACUGGAUACGAGACUUUCCAGCACCUGCAUGACCCAGCCUGGAGGAAGAGAGACCAGAAGCGCAUCGCUGCGCAGAAGCAGGAACAGUUCAAGGUGGAUCGGGAGGGAGGCCUGAACAACGUGAGGUACCGAAUCGAGUCACGCACAGAUCUGAGCGUGGCAGGAGCCCCUUGCACCGUCCUCAAUAUCCUGCUGGACUGUGACACAAACGAGACCCCCUGGUGCACGUUUGGCUGAGCCUGUCCCUGCGUGCCAGUCGUGUGCUCUGUGCUGGUGCCAAGGCUCCCUGGCUGCUGUGCAGCUGCCUGGAGCAGGCAGGGAUUUACAGCGGAUGAGUAUGGCAGUGCUGGCGAGACACAGAGGAGUAGAAGAGGCUGAGAACUGGACUUUGCUGGGAGCAACAGAAGAGGCUGAGAGUGGGACUCGCUGCAGGUGCUGGUGCUGCCUCCCAGGGCAGCUGCAGGAGGUGGCUUUCCUGUGCUGGACAUGGCUGAGCUGCCACGCAGCUCAGAGGACAAUAAAGAACUGUCAGGGCACCUGUGAGUUCUGAAUGCCCUGGGCUGUGCUGGCACUACUCCA